CUACAGUGACAAUUCUGUGUCUGUUGCUAGUGGUAAACAACCAUAUGGAGGCAAGGUUCCUGUCUGCAGAUACUGGGCUCACCGAAUACGAGAGCCAUCUAGUGCGGUGCUUUGGAAAUAUAAUCACUACACAUUCUGCCGGGCAACAUUCUCUUCUUGUAUCUAUUCCUGACGUCUGUGCUGACAAAUCCAAACCAAGAAACUCAGCACAAAAUUCGAGAAAGUACUGUGAAGUGCUUGGAUUUCUGCUUGGUUCCAUCCACGGUUACACGAAAUAUCCGCUUCUUGUUGCCGGGCCAAUGUUUAAUGGUACCUUUAAAAAUAUAUCCUCAGCAGGAAGGGCUGAUUAUGUCAAUGUAAUUUUGGGGGAAGUUGAAGAUGAGUUGGGUUUCAGUGCUUUUAAAAGUCAGUUGGCGAUACUUUCGGGCCUACCCUUCUGGAAUACAAGAGGAAGGUUCGUUGUUAUGUUCCUGGAUAGGAAUUUAUCAACUGUCAACACUGUUCCAGAAGAACAUACAUUAAUCAGAAGUAUCCUUGGUGAACUUUGGGAAAAUGAUGUAGUAAACGCUAUCGUGGUGGCUCCCAACUUGCACAGAAAUAAACCAACAACUCUGGAUGUGCAUACUUGGUUUCCUUUCGCAGAAGAUCACUGCAGGGGCCCAGUUAACAGAACAGUCAUACUCGAUCGAUGGAUAACAGAGAGUGAAAGUCGGUUCGAUAAAAGUAUCGAUCUCUUUCCUGAUAAACUGUCUAAUUUUCAUGGCUGCGCAGUUAGUGCUAGCACGUUCGCUUACGUCCCAUUCGUGUUCCCAAUGAGAGAAGAUGCAAACAUCACACACUAUACUGAAGGCCUGGAAAUCAGAGUUCUUCAUAUGAUAGCAAUAGCGCUGAAUUUUACAGAGAAAUUCCUUCCAGAAAACGAACAUAACGUCAGUAAAUGGUGGGGUAUGUACGAAGAAGUGUCGAACAAGAAAGCCGACGUCGGUUUCACGGCAACGCCGCAGACAGUUCGUUCCAUUGGCAACAGAGAUCACUCAGUGUGGUAUUUGAAAGAGACAAUAAGGUGGUUCGGUCCCAGAGCUAAACCAAGUGCACAUUGGAAAAGUCUUAUAAUUAUCUUCACCCCAUUAAUGUGGCUCUUGGUGUUAAUUAUAUACUUCAUAUGUUCCUUAAUAUUCUGGUUACUUGCGCAGGUUAACAGUGCUGUUAAGGAGCACGUGACCUACACGGAUGCACUUAUGUGUUUCCUUCAGACAUUCUCCAUGAUACUGGGAGAGGCUGUGUGUGUCAGGCCUCAUACAUGGUAUCUGAGGUUAUUCUUCAUAAUCUGGGUUUUCUACUGUUUGCUGAUCAACACAUCUUAUCAGUCGUCUCUAAUCAGCGUCCUGACUGAUCCACGAUAUGACCCCAUAGUUGACACAGUGCAGAAACUUCUGAAUUCCGGCAUGAAUUAUGGAUUUGUGUGGAGGUUCCAUUACUGGUAUACUCGAACUAACGAUUCGCUGUCUAAGACAAUACUCAACAAUUUUAUCCCGUGUCCAAAACUUGACGUGUGCCUGAGAAGAAUAGCGUCCAAACAAGAUUUUGCUAUAUGUGGUGGAGAAUCACAUCUCUUGUAUUUUUCUCAAACAAAAUACAGUCCGUUAGGCAUACCUAGUUUUCUCCCGUUCAGUGAAGAAGUAACAUCCAUACUUGUGACAAUGUUCUUUCACCGUGGAAGCGUUUUCUUAGAAAGCUUUGAUAGAGUCAUUUAUCGUGUGGUCGAAUCAGGAAUAACACAGAAAUUCUGGACGGAUAUAAGGCUUCGUUACGUGGGAAAUGUUGAUGAAGAUGCCGACAAAGGAGACGAAGGGAAAGCUGAUGGGGACGACGACCCCGCCGUCGUACUGAGCGUCCAACAUCUACAGAGUGCGUUCAUUCUGCUCCUGUUGGGGCUCGCGUGCAGCCUAUCUGUGUUCAUAACAGAACUAUUUUACUUCAGCUUCAGAAAGUCAAGAUUUUUCCCACGUCUUAAACCUUUCGCAAAUGAACGUAAAGCUAGAACUCUUGUGAAGUACAAGCGUCACAUGAUUCAUAAAACUUACGUAAGUCGUGUCAAGAAGUGUAACGCAAUACUAGUAAAAUAA